AUGGAGUCACUGGAAGCAGCUGAACUCUGUAUUCCUCCCCUCAACACCUCCUGCAGGUCAACGCCUGUUACUCCCAAGGACAUGUUCAUCAAAACACUGCUGUGCUGUAUCACUCUGCUCACUGUGACACUCAACUUGUUGGUUAUCAUCUCUAUCUCCCACUUCAGGCAGCUCCAGACCCCCACCAAUCUCAUCCUCCUCUCCCUGGCUGUGUCUGACUUGCUGGUGGGCCUAGCACCGAUGCCAACUGCAAUCAUCACCCUGCAGUCCUGCCACUUUCAGGGUAAAAUCUCAUGUGCUCUGUUGUAUCUGUCUAGCUUCACCCUCACCUCUGCCUCCGUUGGGAACAUGGUGCUCAUAUCUGUGGACCGCUAUGUGGCUAUUUGUUACCCUCUGCGCUAUUCAUCCAUGAUAACAGCAAGCAGAGUUCAAAUCUGUGUAUCUCUGUGUUGGAUCUCUUCUGUUAUCUACAACGUUAUAAUACUGAAAGAUUACUUGUCACAAAUAAAUUUGUCUAAUUCCUGCUUUCAAGAAUGUGCAGUUAUCAUAAACUACAUUUCAGGGGCAGUAGACUUAUUUCUCACCUUUUUGGGCCCUGUUAGUGUGAUCAUAGUUCUCUAUGUGAGAGUGUUUUUGGUGGCUGUGUCACAGGCACGUGUCAUGAGAUCUCAGAUUUCAGCUGUCACAUCAAACACUGUGACUGUGAAGAAAUCAGAGAUGAGAGCUGCUCGAACUCUUGGUAUUAUCCUUCUUGUGUUUAUACUUUGUCUCUGUCCAUACUACAUUCCUUCUAUAACAGGACAGGACACCGCAAGUAGUGUAGAUUCAUCAGCUCAAAUUUGGCUGUUCUUUUGUAACUCCACUUUUAAUCCUCUGAUCUAUGCCUUUUUCUACCCCUGGUUUAGAAAAUCAGUUAAACUCAUUGUCAGCCUUCAGAUGCUGCAGCCAGGUUCCCGAGAGGCCAACAUCAUGUUGAGAUAA